GGGCGGUCCGGGCCCUCCUCCAGCAGCCGGGCGGAGGGAGGAGGAGGCCGGCCGGGGGCUGCCAGCGGCCCGCUUCCCUCCGUAGAGGCCGGGGAGGCCGCGCCCGAGCCCGGUUGGGGCCUGCGGGGCCUCCCCGGGGCGGGCGCCGCCGCCAUGAAGCCGAGCGCAGAGGAGCCCGUGCUGCUGGCCGAGCUGAAGCCGGGGCGGCCGCAGCAGUCGGACUGGAAGUCGAGCUGCGAGACGUGGAGCGUGGCCUUCUCCCCCGACGGCGCCUGGUUCGCCUGGUCGCAGGGCCACUGCCUGGUCAAGCUGAUCCCCUGGCCGCUGGAGGAGGCCGAGCUCUGCAGAGCCUCGGAGCGCAAAGGCCACGGCAAGGCGGAGGCGUGGAGCCGAGGGGGAGCCAAGGAGAAGACGCUGGAGUGCGGCCAGAUCGUCUGGGGCCUGGCCUUCAGCGCCUGGCCGGCGGCGGGGGGCCCCGACGCUGCCGCGGGGUUGUCCUGCCUGGUGCUGGCCACGGGGCUCAACGAUGGGCAGAUCAAGGUCUGGGAGGUGCAGACAGGACACCUUCUCUUCAGCCUCCUGGGGCACCAGGACGUCGUCAGGGACCUGAGCUUCGCUCCCAAUGGAAGCCUCAUCCUGGUGUCGGCGUCGCGGGACAGGACUUUGCGUGUCUGGGACCUCAGCAAAGAUGGGCGGCAGGUCCAGGUGCUGACGGGCCACAUGCAGUGGGUUUAUUGCUGCUCCAUCUCUCCUGACUGCAGCAUGCUCUGCUCGGCGGCCGGAGAGAAAUCGGCGCUGCUGUGGAGCAUGCGGUCCUACACGCUCAUCCGGAGGCUGGAGGGGCACCAGAGCAGCGUGGUGUCCUGCGACUUCUCACCGGACUCAGCGCUCCUCGUCACCGCCUCCUACGACACCUGCGUCAUCAUGUGGGACCCCUACACGGGGGAGCAGCUGAGGACGCUGCGCCACGUCCCCCUGCACUCGGCGCUGGAUUACAGCAGCGACGUCCACACCAGCUCCCUGCGGUCGGUCUGCUUCUCCCCAGAGGGCCUCUACCUGGCCACGGUGGCGGACGACAGGCUCCUGAGGAUCUGGGCGCUGGAGCUGCGAUCCCCGGUGGCGUUUGCUCCCAUGACCAAUGGGCUGUGCUGCAUGUACUUUCCCCACGGUGGCUUCAUCGCCACAGGGACCAGAGAUGGCCACGUCCAGUUCUGGACGGCUCCGAGAGUCCUCUCAUCGCUCAAGCACUUGUGCCGCAAAGCCCUGCGCACCUUCCUGACGACGUACCAGGUCCUUGCACUCCCCAUUCCCAGGAAGCUGAAGGAGUUCCUCACCUACCGGACCUUCUGAGGGACCAGAGGCACGCAGGCGAGAGCCCCCUGCCUCGCGGCGGGGCCGGCCUGGCUCACAGAGCACUGCUGGUUUGUCGUGCUGGUUGGUGAGCCAGUGGGGCGGAAGGAUUGUUACUCCCCUUGUUUUGGGGCUGUCUGUGAACGUGGAGAUAUUUUUUUUUUUUUUUGGUGUAAUAAUACUAGAACCCAGCAAAAAAAAAAAAAAAAAGCAUGCAGAGGGCACGGGGCACAGUACAACGUUGGGGACAGCUCUGGUGACCCCACAGGGGACGCGAGUCCCCCUGUCCCCCUGCUAUCUGCAGGCUUUGGGUCAGGUGCUUUUGCUUCCAAGUGCAAUGUUGUGGGUUGAGGAUUAGCAGCUGCGGGCCGAGCAGAGUGUUUGGCGGUGCGAAGCGGGGGCCACAACCAGCCCCCCCACCAGCCCCGACGGGCCCAGCCUGUACUUCAGCUGCCGGAGGGCCACGGGCUCUGCUGUUCCCGUGGUCUGGGCACGAGCUGGACGAACCUGAGCCGGUCUCUGCGGGCUGGGUGACAGCGCUGACGGAAUAAAAGGUGGUUGAUUCCUCA